AUGGACAGCGAUGACGAGUUCCUCGACGAUGGCCUUGACUUUGAUGCAAUCCCCGCAGGGACACUGCUUCAACUCGAGCAAAGCGCCUGGCAAGCUACUCAACAAGCACCGCAGCCCGGCGGACGAACCCAGAGCACCAGUGUUCAGACGAACAGAAAUCAUUUGAAUCACGAUUUACGAUACAGUGCUCCUCCACAGCGCCAGUCGGGCUUCUAUGGAGAUGUUGAGGUUAUCGAUCUGGACGCCGAUAUUCUAGACAACGACGAACCGUUGGAAGAUGUCGUCGAUUCGAACCCGCGGGUUGCUCAGAAUGUGCUACAUGGUCGCGCCCCAAGUCAGAGGGAAUAUACACCGGUUCAAACACGAUACGUCCAGCCUGUUCAGCACAACCAUGACCAUGAGAUAGGAGCGAGGAUUGAGGAGUUUUCACGCCAAUAUGAUGCGAUUAAUGAACAGUUAGCAUUAGCGAGAGAAGACGCGACCAAAAAAGCCGGCGAGGUGGCUAUACUACGGGCUAACCUUACCAAACAAGCAAAAGAAUUCGAGCGCACGAUUGCUUCCCUCCGAACUCAAUUAACGGACCUUACAACGAAGAAUAAAGGCGUACAGCAAGCAGCCAUUGACGAUCGACAAAAACUUGAAACAGAGAAUUUGUUUCUGAGAGAAGAGCUACGGGACGAAACACUGCGAGUCAACAAUCUUCGUGCAAAGAAAAGAACGGAAGCACCCCAAACACCUAGAAAACAGAGAACACUCCCCUUUCGCGAUGGCUUCGAUGACGACGAAAUUGGAGUCCUGUCUCCCACAAAGUCCUCCGGUGGACGAUCGAAACGAGGAACGCCGACUGUAUCUGGGAAACGAAAGCGCAAAGUCAGCGACGCUCCAAUACCUAUGGCACCUCUCCAAUUAAGCCAGGAGAUUGGGGCUAUGGAUGCUGAAACACUGGCAUUGAAUUCCAUGGACACCGUUGCCGAUGAAAGACAGCAUGUUCCAGGAGAAGGCAUUGAAGAAGGGUUCUACAUGACACAGAUCUUGAAUCACAGAAACCAUCCCAAUUCGGAGAGUGAUUUAGAGGUGAUGGCUGGGCUAGCAUUUCCAUCCGAACCGGAUCGAAAGAUUUCCUCCAUCGUGUUGGAGACAAUGAGUGGGGUGACGUCCAACUACGCUGUGAAAUAUGCUCAUUGCCUAAUACAGCUGUGGGAUCGUGCUCUUGUAGAAAAGUUCUACAAAGUUAUACCCGUGUUUAUGGCUUCAAUCAAGUUCAUUCUCCUGCUCGACUUAUACUCGAUUAGUCCACAGCUUAUCACCGAAUUGGCUGGUAUCCUCCAGGCAUCGAUCUACGUCAAUGCGGCCACCCGCUUUGAACAUUCUGCGGUGUCCUCGAAAGUCAAGGGCGAAAGUCGAAGGACGCCUCAGACAGUCCUACAUACAGAUGUCGACUCGACCUUUGCGUUAGAGAUCAUGUAUCUCUUAGCGCUGGCUUGUCGACAAGAUGACGAAUCUCACGAACAUUUAUGGCGCAAUAUACACUUUGAUAUAUUAUUGAUGACUUUGAACGACCACCAACCUCUACAGGAUAUUGUCCUAUCACUCAAAAUUCUAUCAACAAGUCUCCGACAAAACUCCUUUGGGACAAUACUGCCCACCGAGGAAGAACAACGACAGGUCGAAUUUCACUUCAUUGAGCGUGUCACGUGUCUUCUCUUUCAGCGCAUCGAGCCCGAUGAAGGCGAAGAAGACUAUCUUCCACUACAAAUCUGUCAAAUGCGGUUAGAAGCUCUCACUUUUCUAGAGAUGAUCACAUUCUACAGCUUUGAUAUGAUGGCAGACGCUAGCAAAACCGCCAUCAUCUCCUACCCAUUAGUCCUCCCACGUCUUUUUCGAACGUUAUACGACGAAAUGGAUCGUCUAUACACCCUGUGUCCAGAGCACAGUAUCCGAACAGCUCUCAUCAACCGACUGAUGCACUUGAUAUUCAAGCUUAUCCGAAGCGGUGGUGGCAAGGACCUUCAUGAAGGGUUAUCGCGUUUGAGUGGCACAAAGCAGAAGCAUCGACUUGUGCUGUCUCGACUGGCGUUCAGCGAAGGCCAAUUUUUAGAGUCUGGCAUUACUGAGGAGACGAUGGAGAUGGCUCGUCAGCUGCUCGAGGAAGAAGAUAUGAGUCCUGAGGAGGCUGAGGCGCUAUUUGAUGCUUUUCCGUCGGGGGGGCGAUUAAGUGGGAGGGAGGGUACACAGGUUGAGCAGUGA